AUGAGCAAUGUGUCUGGAAAUUCGAGUGGAUCAUCAAGGAGGCGGUCAAGAGUUGUUGGUGUGCCAAAGAAAUGUUGGUGUGGCUUUGAGAUUCUUCCAAAGAUGUCGAAUUCAGUGAACAAUCCGUACCGACGUUACUAUCGAUGUGGUUAUGCUGUAGCGAAGAAGCUGGAGAAUGAUGACCAUGCUUUCAAGUGGGUUGAUGAAGGGUUACUAGAUGAGAUAGAGACAUUACAAAGAAAAUUUGGAAGACUUGAAGAGAUGGUCACAGAGAUUUUGGAAGAACGUGAGCUUGACGAGAAGAAGACGUUUGAGAGAUUGGAAGUGAAGCUGGAGAAAGAGAUAUUCGAGAGAGUUGAGGCUGCAUUGGUGGAGACAAAAGAGAGUGUGAAGAGAGUGUGUGUUGUUGUAGUAAUUGGAUGUGUUAUGUUGAUUGCUCUCACAAAAGUUAUAGGUUAA